AUGGGGUCUUUUGCUGAUGAGCCGGACUUUGAUCUGCAAGGCGAGGAGAACGAGAUACUGACUGUAGGAGGGUUUGAAACGUUACCAGAAUUGGAUGAAGAUGUGUGGAUGGUGGGCGUGGUGCUAGCCAAUCACUCGGUUAGCGUUUUUGGCUUCAAGACUGUGAUGCGUGAUUUAUGGCAAACAAGAAACUGCGUUGAUAUUCGUCAUGCUGGGCAGAAUUAUUUCAUAUUCAAGUUUACGUCCCCAAAGGAUAGGGAUUUGGUGCUGAAGUCUGGCCCGUGGUUCUUCGAGCGCCACAUGUUGGCUCUUAACACUUAUGAUGGCAAGGGAGAUCCAAGCGGUGUCCCGUUAACGCAAGUCCCCUUUUGGAUUCAAAUCCGGGGGUUGCCGACCACUGGUAGGACGGAGGCGGUGGCCAAGUCUUUGGGGAAGGCGUUUGCUGGUUUCCUUGAUUGGGACAAAUCUGAGGCUAGUAAGUAUGGUUCGUUCUUCAGGGUGAGGGCUUGGGUAAGGGUUGAUGCACCUCUUCGCCGGGGACAUAUGAUUGCACCUGAGAAGGGUGCACCCUUAAAGCUCCGUUUCAAGUAUGAGAAGUUGAUAAACUUCUGCUAUAGAUGUGGGCGAAUGGAUCAUGUCCAGAAAGAGUGUGGCUUUGAGAUUCCUGCUGGAGGGGCACCUUUUGGUCCGUGGCUCCGUGCUGAUGGCGAUAGGUACUUGAUUCCGAGGUGGAGGCCUGGGGGUGAGAGGGCUCGUGAUGUUCGUGGGGAAGACUUAACAGGGAUAGGUGAGGGUUUGGAAGGGGGUGGGGAAGUGGUGCGGGUUGAGGGGGAAAGGGUGCAGGGUGAGGGUUCCGGGGAGGGUAGUACGGUGGGUGAGGGGAAAGGGAGUGACGGGGUGGGAGCUUCUGAGGCUUCCUCUGAGGGUCCACGGGUUGAAGGAGGGGGCGGGGAGAAGGGGGAGGGUGGUGAGCCAGGGAAAGAGGGGAGGUUGAAGACAACUGGUGCUGGGUGCGCUGCUAAGGUAGGGAAUGGUCGUUCGAGUGGCGGUAUUGUGUUUAAUAGCCCCCCCAUCCGUGGCCUUCGGGGUGGGGGGAGGAGAGGGGGUACACGAGGAGGAGCCUCACGUUUGGCAGGUGGAGAUCGUGAGUAUAUGGGAAAGGACCUGUUGGGUCGUAAGAGGCCUUGCACUCCAACUUCUUCCGGUGGUAAAAUAUCUCCACCUUUGAAGAAAACUUCUACUGAUAUUGGAUUGGGUUCGGCGGCGGCUGCGGAGCAGCCCCGCCCUCCUCAAUGA